AUGGGAAUGAAAGCUUGGUAUUCUAAAGUGAAGGGAGUUAAUGGAGUAACCGUUCUGAAUGUAGACCGGGGAUCUGGUAAAGUCCAGUCCCUAUGGAGGGCCGUGGUCGAGUGGGAGAUGGAAGAUAUAACAUACCGAGGGUUAUAUGUGCACUGUGCAAUUGAAAAGCCACGAAAGCAUUGUGAAGAUUGCGGCGACUAUGAUGAUGACGCGCGUAACUUUGAUGGACAUUCUGCAGCGUAG